AAAAAAGAACUCACUAUUUAAAAAGUAGACCACUUUUUUAAUUUUCGGAUAUAUUAAAGAAUAGUUUACUCUGUUGGGAAUUUUUCCGUAGUCAAAAUCUAAGGACACUCUACUAAAAAUUAUAUGCAUAAAGAAAAUAAUCCAAUAGUAUUUCUAUUACAAAGAAGGCUUUAUUAUAUUAUAAAUUGAAAUUGGACAAUUUUUUUAUGCAUAUGAUUACGCAGCUGUGCAAUUUGUACAAAUAAAUUCUUAUAAAAGGGUCAACGUAAUGUUAUUUUGACACUCAAAUGACAUUAAAAUUAGUUUUGUUUUUCAACAUUAAGGGACUUAUUGUCGCCAAAAUGACUUUAUCUUACUUGACCUUAAAUUGAUGUCAGUUUGAUGUCAGCUUAAUUAAUAUAUGCUGUUUGGAUUUAAUUUAGUUUACUUAAUUAUUAAAUAUUAAAUAUUUACAUAUGAGAUAUAAAACGAGAUAGAAAGCGAGAAAAAAAAUUAUGAAAAUAAAAGUUGUAAACUUUACUAACAGCGUUUAUACAAAGAGAAAGCGAUUCAACGAAAAAGAAGAAAGAAGAUACGAAUAUUUCAAACGGCGCAUGUGCUUCUUUCGUUAAAACGACGAAGCUGAGAGUGUGGCGUUGAGACGAUUUUAGAACGGAGCAGGGCCUCCUACCGUCAGACUUCGUAGCAUUAGGUGUGCUGUAUUAAUAUAGGGUCAAGACAGAAACAAGUUGAUGACGGUAGUGGCGGAAGACGGUGCAGGUCUUCUUGAGUAAUACACGCGUACGCAUCUCAGACCUCCGCAAGUAAUGUCAAUGUACGGAAAGCGAAAGAUCGUUCUACGUAACAGCUAACAAGAUGACUUUAACAGAUUAUACGUUAAAUAAAGGACCCGUAGAAUGGAUCGAGAAAGAUCAGAUUGUAUCAGUGCAAGGACAUAUAGGUGAAGAUAUCAUCAUCGAACUGAAAUUGACUUUAUCCGAAAAGUACGAUGACUUGCGAUUCGAACUAAUACGAGAUGGAUUACCAAUUUCGCCAGAUCGUUAUCAAUUAUCGAUGCAAGGCAAUAUUGUUCAACUGGCCUUGAAACAGUCGCGUAAAAAUGAUACGGGUUAUUAUUCUCUCAUAGCAACAAGACUCGGACAAGAAAACGAUAAAAGUGCUUUAAAAAAAAUUCACAUGAGCAUCAGCGAACGAAGUUACGAAGAGGGUGAUCCUCCUGUCUUCUUGAGAAGAUUGAGUGAUCUUGCAGUAAAGGUUGGCACUCGAACCAGAUUUCUCGUAGAAAUUCGAAGUUCAUCCACUUUGAAGAUAACUUGGUAUAAAGAUGACUUACCUAUUUACGAUGAACCUAGGUUUUCUCUUGUUCAUGAAGGAAAUUUUCAUUGUGUUGACGUUGCCCCCGUUACAGUCGAAGAUCAAGGAUGUUGGACCUGCAUGGCGGAGAAUCAUAGCGGAAGAUCCUCGUGUACAUCCACUCUUACUGUCAUUGUUCCGAGGGCUUACAAAAAACCAGAAUUUGUUGAAGAACUCCGCGCGUUGCUCACUGAGACAGGUACUGUGUCAUUGGAAUGCAAAGUAAUUGGUGUACCUACGCCGAUAUUGAAAUGGUUUAAAGACAACAAAGAAAUCAAAGCUGGAGAUGUUUUUGCUUUGACUGCUAAUCCUGAUGAUCCGACAUCUCUUGGUGUUUAUACUUGCGAGGCAGUCAAUUGCAUGGGCACGGCCUAUUCCUCUUCAAAAGUUCACGUAGUUGGAAGGGGAAGCCGAGAAGGUUCAUUGAAACCGGCUGAUACUUUGACACCAUCUGGACCACUUCCGAUAUUUAAACAAAUACUUCAAGAUGAAUGUUGUCGGAUCGGAGACACCGUUGUACUAUCUUGCCACAUUCAAAUACCACCCUGGCCAAAAACGAUCACCUGGUACAAUAAGGAAGGUCGUGUUGAGCCCAACGAAAAAUAUCAUAUAAUGGAGGAUGGCAUUGGAGGCUACUCAAUCGAAGUAAAACAAGUAGAAGCCAUGGACGAAGGUGAAUGGAAAUGUGUCGCUACCAGUGAAAACAAUAUGAAGCAAUUUACGAGUUGUUAUGUAGCAAUGUCCAUUCCAAGAAACUACAGAAAACCGCGCUUCAUGGAAAACUUGAAAGCAGUUUUGACGGAAGAAGGUCUUGUUUCAUUCGAAUGCAAAGUUGUAGGUUUCCCAACGCCAUUAUUGAGAUGGUUUAAAGAUGGUCAAGAACUUAAACCAGGAGACGUCUAUCAAUUAACUGGAACCAAUUCUUUAGGUUCUUAUUGCUGUAUCGCGAAAAACUGCAUGGGUGAAGCCAAAAGUACAGCUGAAUUAACCAUCGAAGACAUACAGAAUCAAUUAAACGAAGAAGAACGUUUUCAGCUUUUGAGCACUAAUCAACCACCAAAAUUUAUAAAAGGUCUUAGAAGUUGUGAAGCAAGAAUAAACGAAGAUUUUCGCUUUACAGUACAAGUAAGCAUAGCACCUGAACCAACUCUUUCAUGGUACAGAGACGAUGCGUUCAUGGAUGAAUCUGACAAAUAUCACAUAACAAGAGCGAAUCUUGGUACAUGCCACUUUGAAAUGCGAAAACUCGAAUUUGUUGAUCAAGCCGAAUGGAAGUGUGUAGCGGCAAAUGAUUUUGGCCAUAGCGUCACUUCAUGCUUUUUAAAGCUAAUCAUUCCCAAGCAUUACAAAAAACCGAAAUUUCUCGAAAAUCUACGCGCAAUUCUAUCUGAAGAAGGUACUGUAAAUUUAGAAUGCAAGGUUAUCGGUGUCCCACAGCCAGUUUUAAAAUGGUAUAAAGACAACGUCGAACUCAAGCCCGGUGAUAUACAUCGAAUUAUUUCCGGACAAGAUGGCACUUGCUGCUUAGGAAUAUAUACAUGCGAAGCUACCAAUUGCAUGGGAACAGUCAGUAGUACCGCAUCUUUAUUAGGAUUUGAAGAAAAAAAAGAUGCAAAAGAAAUUCACUCUUCCAAUGAUCACGAAUUGGCAAGAAAUCUGUCAUUAUCAACGAUACAUGAAGAGCGAACAUCUCAGUUGUAUGAUACACCUCAAACAGAUCAUUCUGUUACUUUAGACGAACGAGGUGAGGUAUCUUUUAGUUUUGAUGGUAAGGAAGUAUCGGUUAGUUUGUAUGAAACGCCUGAUCUGACUGAGGAAGAAGCACUGCAGAUUGUUGAAAUGUACGCCGAUCAACUUUCUGAACAUGUAACAGAACACAAUGUGAUCGAGCUACCACCGAUGAGAUUUGUCAAAGAAACAUCUACGACCGGUAAUUUGUUAAUGGAAGCUGUAGUGAUCGAUGUAUCUCCUGAUUAUUUUGUUAGCGCGGAAGAUGGUGAUGAUUUACGGACGGAAGCUGAUUUCGAAGAUGUCUCCAUUAUGGACGACGUUACACGCGUCCUCUCGUCACCUGAACGUGACUCCCGAGGUUCUUUGAAGAGAUCAGCUCGUUAUAACGCGGACGAAGACGAAAAAGUUCCUAGUAGGCCACCCCGAAAGAAAUCAAUGAGUAUAUCGUCAUCGAAAAGCGAAAAAAGUGAACGAGUAGAAUCUGAGAGCUUCCACAGCGCACAAAAAGAUGAGCUCCCGUUGUCUCCUCUUUCAUCUUUAAAGCAGGAUGACAGUGACACUUUUGCGGAUGCUUUAUCUUCUGCACAUCUCUCCAUCACAGAAAGUCUUAUCCAGAAACACAUGGCAUCGGAACAUGGAACAAUAGAUAAUAGAAAACGCAGUUUAAGCGCAGGAAGAUCAACCGGUUCCAGUCUAGAUGAUGGAAUUGGUGAUUCCUCUUUCGAUUCAAUGAUCAGUGUUCCUAAAAAGAAGCAACGUAAAAGAAAGCAGCAGAAGGACAAAAAUAAUCCCGAAGAAUAUUCUGGCUCUAACGAUUACGAGCAAAGAAAAAAAAGUGGAUCAAAAGAUAAAAUUGAUACAAAGAUAGAACAUCAACUUAUAAAAUCAGUUGAGAAAACAGAAAUGGAUGACAAAAGUGAUACCAAAGCGGUAAAGAAAUUAUUUACCAAAGAAGAAUUAUUAGGUAAUCUAAAAAACGUAAAGGAAGUUAAUAACAGCCAUAUUUCAGAAAAAAUUCAAGAAUCGACACAAGAUAUUCUUUCAGAAUCAAGAACAGCUCUAUGCAAUUGUUUAAAAUUUUUUGAUAAAGAAAUGAUCAAUACAACACCCCAAUUUUCUAAUAUUUAUGAGCAAAUUAAUGAUAUAUAUCAAUUAUUGGAAGCUUCGAGAGGAAUGGAUGCAAACAUUGAAACCUUGGCCAAUCUAGAAAUACCUAUGCAUGCAUUAUUAAAAGAAAUUAAUGAAAUUACAUCAACGGAACACGUAAAAAUUAUUUGUAACAUUCUUGAACCAUUCAUUAUUCAGUUGUCACACGUUCUUGACAAUCUCGGGUUACUAUCUUUAGAACCAACGCACAUAAUUUUACAAAAACUCAGCGAUCUGAUUUCUAGCGAAACAAAAGAAUUGUCUUCAAUAAAAUCAGUUUCUGAUGGGUCUCGCAAUAUAUUUGAAGAAAUUAUAGAUCCAUUAAUCAAUAUUCAAUCGAUAUUUAAUGGGAUAUUAGAUUAUAUUGAACAAACAAAACUUACGAUAAGUAAAUCUAGUUCACAAGUUUGGACAGCGUCGGAUCUUGCAUGUUUAAAAAAAUUGAGAGAUUGUGUAUUUCACAUAGCACGCGCUGCAAUGACGUUGGAAGAGAAUAGAACACUAAACAGCUUAAUGGAAUGUCAAGAACCUUUAUUGGAUCUUCAAUCAAUUUUGACAUCAGAGAAAUGUACUCUUCACAAACUUUUGAUAAUAAAGGAAAUAAAUAUUGCCAUUAUGAAAUUAAAGAAUAUCGUUAUAACUAUAUUGAAGAAUUCUGAAGAUGACGAAGUAAUUUCUCGAGUAGAAAUAAUUCUCAAAAUAUUAAAUGAUACUGAUAAACAGUUAUCAAAAUUGGUAGAACAAUUAUCAGAAAAGAAAACCAUUCAAAAACAUAUGUUAAAAAAUUUAAAUAUUGAUCAAAGUUUAAGCAACGUGCAUUUUGCUUUGUCGUCAAUUUUAGAAAAGCAAAAAGAGCAUAUAGCCUCAUAUCAUUUAAUUACAAGUAUUGAGGCAUUACGUCAGACAAUUGGCUCUUCGGCUGUUACUAUUGCCAAUUUAAAAAAUCCAAUCAAUGACGAGAUAACUCAUGAAAUUAUCAAACUAAAUGAGUCGUUAUUAAAUCUAAAGAAAGAUUUAUUAAUCGAAAAGUACGAACCACAGGAAGAGCAAGUUUUUAAUGAUUUGAUGAAUCCUAUUAGUAUAUUAAAAGAAAUUGUUUACGAUAUAAUUGAAAACUCUUCGACUGAAUUAAUAGUACCUGUGUUGGAAUUGUUAGAAGAUAUAGAAAAGGAUGCAGCUCUUGUAGCAAAAGAAAUAUCAAAGAAAAAAUGCCAAGAAGAGAAUAUUACACAAUUUGAGAGAGAAAAUACCGAAGAAAAAAGUACUUCAGAAUCUAAUUUAACUAAACAAAUAGGCCAUUCUUUAGAUUCUAUUAAAAAUUGGUUAUCCGCUACAUCCGAAGACAGCACAAAAGAAUAUAAAGAUGAAAUGGAAUCUGUACUGAGUUCAACAAUCGAAGAAUUAAAGAGAGAUAUUAAUCAGAUUGGCACUCAAACAAUACAUUCUGAAUUACCAAGUGAUGAAAGUUUGAUAGAAGCACUAAUUGAUCUUCGAGAACCGCUAGUGAGGCUAAAAAGUGCUAUUUCUACAUAUCACGUACUAAAAGAUCAUUCGAUUUUAGGAAACUUAGAUCAUCCUAUGAAAUAUCUUCUGCAAAUUAUUGUGGAUGUUCUUCGUGAACAUCCGGAAGAAAAAUAUUUACGGUCGAUAAUAGAUAUUAUCGAGCAAAUUAGAAAUCAAAUAUCACUUUCAAUCAAAGAUACGCUUUAUCAACAAGAACUUAAAGAAAAUGCUGAAGUUCUUAAAGUGGAAAUAGAAGAAGAAGAAGAAGAAGAAGAAGAAGAAGCUGUCACAGCUUUCCAAGAAACCAUUCCAGAUACUUUUAUGGAAACUUCUUCAAUUGAAGCCGAAUCUACUGUAUUACUUACUGAACAAGUUGUAACAAAAAAUAAUUUCAAAAACAUAACUUAUGAUGUUGUACAAGCUAUAAAAAACGAAAAAGAAGAGCAAGAAAAAGAGGAGACUGCAAGCAAAUUAAUUAUGGUCUUGUCAAAAAAUUUAGAAAAACUUCAAUUGGAGAUAACUAAUAUGUUAGAGGAUUUCGAAGAAUCAACAACACAAACUGUUACAAUUCCUCAAUCAAAAUUAGCUAAUUCUAUAGAAGAGUUAAGAAGAACCAUUUCUACAAUAUGCGCAAUGACCGUCUAUGAUAAAGAAACUGGUUUGUUUAAAGAAAAGCUUAAUCAGAUGGUUUUAGUGUUGACUAAUUUAAUGCAACCGCUAACAAAUGUACGAAAUCUACUUUUCAAAUCAGAUGAGCAUGACAUUUCAGAACUUAUAAUACUGAAUCGAUUUAUUCCAUUAUUGAAUAUAAUAGAAAACAAUAUAAUAAAACAGAUAAUUGAUUUUGUUGGUAAAAAUAAAGAAAUAGAAAAGGAUUUGAAGUUACUUCUCGAUACGGUGAAAGAAAUUAAAACAGAAAUUCCCAUUGUAAUUCAAGAAAUAUCAUUAAGACGAAAACUUUUGGAAUAUCUCUGGGACAUCUCAAAACCUCUAGAAAGUAUUUUAGAUCACAUGAGCGACUUAGAGAAAGCUGCGGAAGAAACUCUCGAAACUGAUGUUGCGAAUAUUUUAGGAAAACCAAUCGCUGUUUUUUUGGAAAGUAUUAAGAUUACUAUUCAGGAAGUAAAUAUGUUAAACCGACGACAACCAUUAAUUUUCGAAUUACGAAAUCUUGUUGAACCCUUGUUAGAAUUUCAUAGCUGUCUUUCAGUGGUACAAAGCAGUCGAAGAAGUUUAGUUCCUGAAGCUUCUUUAUUAGACGAGAGGAAAAAUGUUAUUCUGCGAGCAGUAGAUGAUUUACAAAAACAGGUUUGUCACACUAUCGAAGUGAUAGCGAAUAAUGAAGAAAUUGCUUUAUUUAAUGAAUCUUUGACGCUGCUCAAUUCCGCGAUUCUACAGGUACAAAAACAAAUUGGAAAAACCGAUUACUCACGUCGAUCUAGUAGUACCAACAUUUCUCUUCAACAUCGACUUACCAAUACAUUGAAACGCUUAAAUGAUGCUAUAAUAACAUUAGAAAAAUACGCUGACACAGUUACAUAUGAAAUAGUAUCCAAAUGUUUGAAACCAUUACAAAAACAAAUUUCUUUUGCACAAACACAAUUUAGUCAAAUCAGUAGUGAAUUAAUUGAUGAAGAAGCAAUCGUAGAAGGUUUUCUUUAUCCGACUAAUCAACUUCUGUCAGCAUUGAACAUUCUGAAAGAGAAUGUGCAGAAGAAACCUUCGGCAAUUUCGCACAAUUUGAUAGUUCAGUUUCAAGAACUAGCCGACUCUAUCUCAGAACUAAGUUCUUCUUUAUCGGUUCACAAAACAAGACAUAUCCAAGAAGGCACUUCUGAAAAAGCACCGAUUGUAGAAACAUUUUCUGUCGUUAUAGAUGUUUUAGAUCACGUGAAAAAUUCUAUAAGUGACGUAAUUCAGGCAAUUGAGGUUGAACAAAAAACAAGCAUGGUUAUCACAAAAAUAGAAAGUGUCAUUGAUGAGAUCAUAGAGGUAUCACAAGAAGAAAUUGAGAGCUUAACAAUGAUUACAGAAUUACCAUUGUCUAAAACAAUAGCUCAAGAAGUUGUUCAAUCUAAAGAUAUAUCUACAAUACAGACACCGGUUUUACAAAACCUGAAAGCAAUAAUUUCUUCUGAACAAAUUAAGGAUGAUCUAAUGGAUAUGACAAAUUGCAAAGAAAAUCAAAAAGAAAACGAGAGACAAAAACACUUGACAACUGAGAUAUCAAAAUUUAAUUCCGUAAUUAGUAAUUUAACACAACCGUUAAAUGAAUUAAUUAGAUUUAUAAAUUCUGCUAAAGAAAAACCUGCGAUUUCAGAAUCUGAGGAAAAUAAACGGAAAAUACAAGAAUUAACAGCAUUAAUACAAAUUCUUAAUGAUUUACAAGCUACAAAUGCUUCUAUUAAGACUGUAAUAACUUCCUCUUCUAUUACACUGUUAGAUAACGAAUUUUCCAACAUAAAAAAUAUUCUUGCUGAUUUUGAACAAGCUAUCAAUACAGUUAAUUUGUUGACUUAUGAAGGAAUAAAACCAGAAUUAAAAGAAAAUAUCAUGACAUCUUUAUUAUUUAUCUCCAAACCUUUAGAUGCUCUUAAAAAUACAUUGGUAUCUAUAUGUCAGACAAUCAAUGAAGACAAAUACAUUGACAAAGAUGGAGAAUCAUCAUCAAUCAUGAAAGCUUUAAUAUCAUCUAUUAAUGAUACCAUUGUAUCUUUAAAUAAAGUACAAAUAUCAAAAUAUGUUAAUAGUACUAAUGAAAAAAUAAUGGAAAUAUCAAAUAUACAAGAAAAAACAAAAGAUAUUGAAAAAACAAUUGCGCAACCUUCCGAGGAACUUAUAGAAGCCAUUACGGAGUCUCAAGAACAGGUAAAAUGUGAUAAUACAUUGCCAUUAGAAUUCUGUCCACCUUUUGUGAACGUAAUUGAAUCAAAAAGCAUUGAUAAUUUACAACUCGUAGACGCAGAAUUAAGUAAAACACUUGUUAAAGAAAUAGAUGGACCAAUGAAACAAGAUACUGCAGAAACACCACAGCAAGUAUCUUUAUUAGAAUCUAGUCAAAUAGAAGAAUUACUUAUUGAAAAAACGGAAGCAAUAAAUUCCGUACCAAAACCUUCAGAAGAAGUUGAAAAACACAGUUUAGCAAUAGUUGAUCAACAAAAGUUAGAAUCAACUCAGAUAUCUGAAAAUAGUAUAAUUCAGGAAGAAACAAAAAUUGAAACUUUAAAAACGAUUAUUUCUUCUCUUCAAACAUUGUGUAAAUCAUUCGAUAAAAUCAAAGAAAUGGAAAUUUCAGAAUUUUUUGAGGAAACGGUUGCAUUUUCGACUCUAAUGAAACCGUUACUAAAUUUACAAUUUGCAUUGCCGUCCAAUGUUACCAAAAAUAUUAAGCAAACAAUAACGUUACUGAAGGUAACUGUUGUAAAUGUUUUGAAUGAAUUACAAAACUCAAUUGAUACGGUUCGAAGGCAAGUGCAACUUAAUAUUACAACUGGAGCCAGUUCGAAUAAAACAUCGAAGAUAUUUUCAGUACAAGCUGUCAUGGAAUCAUUAGAAGAUUUAAGGAUGUCAAUUGCUUGCAUUCAAUCGGAUCCAAUAAUUAUUCAAUUUAUUCAACAAAAAGCAGAAUUAUUGAAUGUUGGUCAGAAUGAUGAACAGAUCUUGAUCUUGCAAAAUCUUACACAAUCAGUGGUGCAAUUUGGAGAAAGAUUUUUAUCAAUUAUUAAUCAAAUAAAAGUACAAACUGAACCAUCGUUGCAAGUUAUUAAACAAGAAGAUCAAAAGCUGAACCCAGAAAUUUUACAGAAAAUUGUUGAUCCAAUUCAUAUUUUACGAGAAACACUUUCUCAAAUUGAAAAUCAUAAUGAUUAUAGAGCCACAUUAUUAGAAAUGUCAGAACAAAAAAAAGAAACUGUUCAGUUGGUUACAAUGAUAGAUUCUUUAAGAAAAUUAGAACAAUCAUUAAUCAUGCAGCAAAUUGCAAUUGCGCAGGAGGAAGUUUUGAAGGAAUUUAGCGAAAAUAAAAAUUUGUCGGUAAGUGCAAAUUUAAAGCCUGUACUAGAAGAACUAAAAAAUUCAAUCAUUGUGGUUCAAAGUCAAGCAAUGUUAAAUGAAGACAUUCCGAUAUUUAAAAAGUUAAAUAAAACGCUAGAAAACCUGAAAAUUCCGUUAACAACAGUCGCAGAAAUUUUUGAUAAUACCAAUGAAAUUACUGAAGCUGAGAAAAUAUCAACUUUACUAUCAUUUGCAAACUCAAUAAAAAAAAUGGCAAAUGAACUAGUAGUUGCAGCUAAACAGGAUGUAGAAAAACAAAUAAUUAAUGAAAGUUCUUUAUUAAAAACAAUAGCUAUUUCAAUUAAAGAAUUGCAAAACGCAAUAUUAAAAUUUGAAAAUCAAGUAUCUCAAACAUUAGAAACAAAGAAAUCAAUAAAAGCUGUUACUUUAAAAUGUAUGAUACAACCAUUGCAAGAGUUACAGCAGUCAUUCUCAACUACAUCUCAACAAGAAACUGUCUUUGCUUUACAACGAUUGUCAAUCAAGUCGACAUUAGAUAACUUAAACAAAUCCAUGGCAAUAAUUCAAGAUCAAAUUAUGAUCAUCCAAGAUAAUUCACUCGAGAACCUAAAUGCAGAUGAUGCAAUAACAUUGAAAGGUUUUGCGAGAUCAUUUGGUGAUUUAAGAACAUCGAUGGUAGUUCUACAACAAUUAAAUGCAAUAGAGAAUGCUGGUCAGCAGAUUGUAGAAAUCGAGAAUGCGUCCGCGCUGCAAGCAUUCGCCAAAUCUAUUGAAGAGUUCCAAAAAUGUUGUUCCGUUAUUGUUAAACAACCAAGAGUUAUCGAAGCUUUUACGACAAAUACAGAAUCAGAACAAUUAAAUAAAAUAAAUUUGCAUCUUAUUGAAAAUAUUAUUGUACCUCUACAAAUAUUAGAGGAGCAAAUUUUAACUAUUGAAGAAAUUUUAAUGCAUGAGUCUAAAGUUUUAGAUGUUACGGAAGUAAAAAAACCAAUUACUGUUUUAAGCAAUCUUGUCGGUCCUUUGCAGCAACUUGAAAAAUCUCUCAUUGCAACGGUGCAAAAGGAAUAUAUUGUCGAACCCAAUGAGCACGUCCUAAUAACUGAAUCGUCUUCUGUAAAUCUAGAACAACUUGCUCUCCAGCCUAUUCUCGAAGAAGUACAAAAAUCUAUUGCUACUAUACAAGAACACGUGAUAUUAGAGGCUGGAAGUCAAAUUACAUUGGAAGAAGAAACUGAAAACGCUUUAUUGAAAACAAUUACGCAGCCUUUAAUGGAUUUAAAAACUUCUAUCGCAUCUAUUCAGCAAGUAACUGCAAUUGCACCUGAAUUUUUAAAUGAACUCGUGCUACAACAAAGUAUUUCAGCAUUAGAAACUUUUGCCGAAACUCUUCAAAGUGUGACAGAAUGUUUAGCAACGUGCAAUCGUCAACAGAUAAUUAUGGAGUCGACAGAUACUAUUUCCGAAGAUGUUUCUUUAAAUACGUGGGCAAAUGUAAUUGAUGAAUCAUCAAAAAUUACGCGUCCAAUGGUGAUCGAUCAAGAUGCGAUUGAAUCUCCAAUUGAAAUCGCAGUGUCAAUAUCGGAAGAUGAAACUUCCAAACUGAAAGCGUUAGCAAAACCACUAACUGAAUUACGAGAAUGUCUAGCUUUAAUAGUUGAAGAACAGAAAACAAUCCCGCCAUACGAUACAACAUAUUCUUUAUCGGAAAAAGAAGAUAUUUCUUUUAUGGAAACAAUGAUACAACCUUUAUUAGAAUUAAAACAUGCAGCUGCAAUAAUUAUUCAAGAACAAAUGGCUAUUGAAUGUGCUAAUGAACAUUUAUUUGACAUCGAUGAUAAAAAUGAAUGUAUUCUACGUCCUUUGAUAGAACCACUAGAAGAAUUAAGUCAUUCUGUCGCUAUAAUACAAGAUCAAAUGUUAAUUGAAACAUCAACAGAUAGAUUAAAGAACGAUGAUAUGUUAAAUGUUUUGGCUGAACCUCUGUUUGAUCUGCAACGUGCUAUAUCAGUAUUAGAAACACGAGUGAUAUCGCCAGAUGUUGAAUCUAUUCCUGAAGAUAUAAGCAGUAGCUGGAUUAUGGAAUGUCUAGCGACUCCUUUGCACGAGAUAGAGAAAUUAAUUGUUGAUAUUCGACAACACAAUAUAAUGGAACCUGGAACUAUAAUUAUGGAAAAGAAGACAAGAACUUUAAUUCCAGAGUUGUCCAUUAUCGAGAAAUUAGCGAAACGAAUAGAAAUAAUUAAAUCAGCGAUAUUAUGUAUGAAAGAUAACUCUACCGGAACUGAAGUUCUCAAAAUAAUUGAAGUACCACUUACUAAUGUACAAGAAAAUUUAACAUUACUAAGAAAUAAAUACAAUUUAGAUAUUGUUGAAGAAGAAGAUAUUGAUGCUUUCAUUGAGUCUCUUUCUAAUUUUGAGAAAAGCAUUUCACUUAUGAAAGAAAUGGUUGACAAAGCAGUGUUUGAACAAUCAGAUAUAAUGAAAAUUGAUACUGCAAUAUCCGCUAUUCUUAAUAUACCAUUAACAGAAUUAAAAUAUUCUAUCGUGAAUACAAAGACAUCGACAAAUGUAUAUCUAAACAAUUUGGAGAGACCAUUAGAACUUAUGCAGAACGCAUUUGAAACAAUUAUAUCUAUACAACGAAACAAAAAGCUUUCAGAAUUAUCAAUGAAAAUAAUAAAUAAUAUUUCAGAUAUUAACAAGUCAAUCGAGUCCAUCGAAAACAAAUUAAAACACCAACAGGUGUCGGCCAUUGAAAUUUAUAUUGAAUGCGCAGCACUUGAAAUGUUAACAAAAUCUUUAGAGAACAUUAAACAUUGUAUUAUACAGAUACAAGAGAAACCAAAUACUGUUAAUUCAAUGAUUAAUACUCUUCAAAGUCUCGAGAAAUCUAUAGAAGUAAUUCAACAGCAAUCAGCUGAUAAACCACUGACGGAACCGCAACAUACCAAUUUUGGUAUUCUUUCAAAAAAUUUAAUACCAUGUCUCAAUGAAUUAAAAGAAGCAAUAGAAACGACAAAAACAUUAUGGCAUGAAGAAACAGUACUAGAUGGAUUAAUGAUUCUUGAAGAACCAAUUUGCAAACUGCAAACUGCAAUUACCAUUAUAUAUGACCAAUCUAUGAACAUAAUGCUUUCAACAAUAGAUACAUACAAAACAGCUCUCGAAAAGUCAUUUGUAAAUAAAGAAAUAAAAGCAUCUGAAAUUGAGAUAAGUGUAAAGAAAAAUGAUAAAGGUAAUGGAAAAAUGAAAACAGAAUCAGGAGAAACUAAGUUAGUAAAAGAUACAAAUUCUGCAAUAAUUAAUGACACGAACGAUAAAGGAGACAAAAAGAAACUAAAAGAAAUGGAACAAAAGAAAGAAAAUGAUAAUAAAAUAUUAACAGAAUUAAUACAUAAAGAAAAGACUGAUGAAGUGGAAAUUAAAAAUGAGAAACAAAAAAAAGAAUACCAAAAAGAUGAAGAGAUAUUAAAAGAAGAACAUAAAGAACAAAAAGAAACAAAUAAGACUGAAGAAAUAAAAGUAAUAGAAAAUAAACAAGAAACGGCAAAAAAAAAUAUAGAACAGCAUAAAGAAACAUCUACGCAGAAAAGAAGUAAAAUGGAAGAUAAAAAAAUGGAAGUGAUAAAAGAGGAACCAAUAGAAAAAAGAAAUAAUAAAAUAGAAAAAGUAAUACAAAAAACAUAUAGUUGUAUAAAUGACAUAAAAAAUGAUAACAUAAAUGAAAACAAAAGAGAAUAUGAAAAAAUAAAUAAAAAUCAAAUAGAAAUAAAACAUAAGGUGGAAGAAAAAUUAAAUAAGGAAUUCCAGGAAUUAAAAGAAAAUAAAAAUUUACAUUUGCAAGUACAGCAAGAUCAAGAAAAACCAAAUGAUGAAAGAAUACUUCAAAAAGACAACAGAUCGGAAUUUAAAGAAUUGAAAAAAUUAGAAAAAGAAGAAAAGUGGGAACAGCGAAAGUCGCAAACAAGUGAAAAUUGGUUAUAUACAAGAGAAGAUUAUGUACAAAAAGAGGAAAAUAUUCAUCAGGAGAGAGAUAAUAAUAAAAGACUGAAUCAAAUGAAAAUAGACUGUUUGGAGAAAAAAAGAAUUGUAAGACGAACUGAAGAGCAAGAUGACUAUGUAUCUACAGUAGACGAGGAAAGGCACCAGAAAAGAAGUGAGAAAAAGAGAAUUCGGAGAGAUGAGACUAUUAGAUUAUUAUGGGAAGAAGAACAAAGAAUUCAAAAAAGACAAGAAGAGGAGAGGUUUAGAAAUAGACUGAGAAGAAAAGAACAAAUAAGAGACAAUGAAUGGUCCAGAAAACGCGAAAAUGAAUCUGAUCGUUUUCUUAGGAAUACGUUAGAGGUCACAUCCAAGUCUAAUAGAUCAACUUCAAUGUUUUUUGAUAAAUAUUAUUCUCGAGAACGUACUUUUCGAUUUAAUUCUGAUAUUUCAAUACUUUCUAAAACUUCCAGACCAUACAGUUGGAAUAAUUCUUUAAUGUCAUUAAGUGAACAAAAAUUCGACAUCGAUUGGGAUUAUAAAUUACAUAGUCCUUCUAUGGAUAAAUAUUAUUUCGAUACAGGAUCUUUGUACAAAAAGCGCCGAAAAAGAGACAAUCGUAUGAAUCGUGCGAGAUCAAUCCGUUUGCUAAAAUACAAAGACUGUUCGAGAGGGGACAGCGAUGUCACUAUUGCACCAUAUGCGUGCAUUCAACCUUUCCGACAUACAAAAGAGGUUUUCGUCUCACUUAUCGAUUUCAACACUUAUAAACCAUCUAAUUACACUAAUCUCCGUCAAAGUGAGACUCUUUUUUGGAACAAACCAAAGAAACCAUCGUUUUGUACAAGGUUGACAAAUAGAGUUGUAGGAAUUGGUAUGAGAAUAAGAUUAACCUGCACCGUUCUUAGUAAUCCAGAACCACGCGUCUACUGGAUGAAAGAUGAUCAAAACCUGGAUGCAUCAAACAAUCGCUAUAGAAUUCGAUACGAAAAUGGUAUGGCUUAUUUAGAAUUGCACGAUACGCUUCCUGAAGACGCUGGAAUAUAUAAAUGCGUUGCUGAGAAUACGCAUGGCAUUUCGACCACUGAAUCUAUUUUGAAAGUGUAUUCCGAUUAUAAACCCACGAAUUUACCUCCAACUUUUAUAAAAACUAUUAAAGAUACUUAUCGAUAUUUUGACCGUAAGCUGAUUUUGGAAUGUCGUGUACAAGCAUAUCCAGUUCCUAUAAUUUCUUGGCUAAAAGACGGAAAAAUUCUUCAAGGCGAACGUUACAAACAGAGUUAUCUUGGUGAUGAUGUCUAUCGAUUGGAAAUAUCAGAUGCUGAUGUCACAGAUAAUGGACAAUACACAUGUCGCGUGAUAAAUGAGCUACACACCGAAGAAACAUCUUCCUUUGUCUAUAUUAAAGAUGUACCAUCUCCAGAAAUUAAAUGGCCACGCGACGAUCGAAAAAGUCCAAUAAUACCAAAAGCAAGAAUCUUUACGGAAGGUGGAUUUUAUACGUCAAUUGUACCUGAAGCGAUAGAAAAGGAUACAAAUAUGUGCAGGACGAUCAAUAUUUAUGGACAUGUAGAUACAAGUACAACAAGUGUAAUAUCAUCGGGCAUUGUUGAUGGGGGAAAACCAGCGAUGUUCGUCUCGAGACCUUCCAAAAAAUCAAUCGAUGUGAUUGUUGGCGAAGAUAUCAGUAUAUCUUUCCGAAUCAGCGGUAUUCCUAAGCCACGAAUAAUAUGGAUGAAGGGAUUAACAGAUAUUACAGAUGGACCAAGAUCAUACAAGGAAUGUAUUGAUGAUUACGUUAGAUUAAUAUUGAAAAGAGUUAUACCUUCUGAUGAAGGUACCUAUUGCAUUUUGAUUAAAAAUAGAUAUGGUUGUGACCGAAGCUUUUUUUCAAUCAAGGUAAAGCAACGUGCUAGAUCAUUGACUCCAUUAUCAGAUUGGAAUUUUGUUACUGAUCGUGACACGGAAGAAUAUGUCAACGACAUGUCCUAUAUAAAAAUGAAUAAAAUAAAAAUAAUGCCACAUGAUCAUGGAAUAAUUAAUGAAAAAAAUGAAGAUAUGACUAUUUCGCGUUUGAGACAAUCUUGGAUCAAGGAUUGUUUGAUCAUUGAUUUCCUAGAAUAUUUGUAUGGACAUCGAGACGUACCCGGUCCGAUCAGUAGUGAACCUAUUGUUAUUGAUGGUGGAAGAGGUUGGUUAUCAUUAAGUUGGGGUAAAGCAGAAAGAAGAGGACCUGCACCGGUGAUCGCUUAUAAAGUCGAAGCAUGGCUGUUAGGCAGUGAUGGAGGUGCACGAUGGGUAGAGUUGGGUGUUACGCCAAUCAAUGCAUUCGACGCAUUCAAUUUGCGACCAGGCAGUGAAUACAAAUUUCGCGUAACACCGCGAAAUCGUUACGGAUGGGGUGAACCAGUUACGAUGACGAAUUCAGUGUUGAUAAUUGAAAGUACCGAUCUUCCAGAAUUUACAAAAAUUCUACCGGGUCAAUUGAAGGUUCUCGAAGGAACACCGGUAAAGUUGGAAUGUGAGGUACGAGGCGAUUCAAAAAUGGAAGUACGAUGGUAUCACGAAACAACAGAAAUUGAUCCCUGCAAUGAUACAAGAUUUGCGACAUAUUACAAUGGUUCUAAAUGUUCUUUGACGAUUACAAAUAUUAAAGAGAACGAUUCCGGAAGAUAUGUUUGCGAAGCAAACAAUAAUAUUGGUAAAGUGUCAUCGUUCGCUAGAAUUCUCGUUGUUACUGAUCCGAGAAUUAUCGAGGCCGAUGCUAAACUUAAAACAAAUUUAAGCAUCGAACCGGAAGAUAGACCGCCGCAAUUUACUAUGAGAUUACGAGACAGACGAGUGCAAAUAACUUAUCCGGUAAGGCUUACUUGUCAGGUCAUCGGACAUCCCAUUCCUGAAAUUGCUUGGUAUAAGGACGGAAUGGAAAUUUCUCAAGAUGAUCGCCAUAUUUUUUGGGAUAAUGACUCGAAUUUUCAUACUUUGGAAAUAAUGCAUUCCGCUCUUGAAGAUUCUGGAUGUUAUAUGGUAACAGCCAGGAAUAUAAAUGGAUCAGUAUCUUGUCGGUGUACUCUCGUAGUAGACAAAGGAAUUCGAGCCUAUAUCGCACCAGAAUUUCUUCGUGGUUUCAACACAUCUUACACAAUUCAUUCAGGCGGAGAGCUGCGAUUGUCAGCACAACUUGAAGCUUAUCCGAGUGUUGGUAUCGUUUGGCAUCGCGAUGGAAUUCGCUUGCGACCUAGUAGAAGAUCAAUAAUGACACUGAGCCAUGAUGGUACUGUCCAAUUCUCUCUAGCUAAUGUUACCAUGCGCGACGCAGGUGUUUAUAGUUGCACCGCAACGAAUGUAGUCGGUCAAACUGAAAUAUCCACCAGGGUAACUGUUACGACCGCAAUUCAGAAUCAAUCAUCCGUCGAUAAAUCAUCCAAUAUUAUGAGCACAUGUUCAGAUACACUAUAUUCGAAGGAACCUCAUUUCGUCAAAAAACCUUUAUCAACUGAAGCGAUCGAGGGCGACACAGUUAUUAUUCUUUGUGAAGUAAUUGGAGAUCCUAAGCCGGAAGUAAUAUGGUUGCGUGACUUUCUCAAGCCCGAUUAUUAUAAGGAUGCACCUCACUUCCGACUAGUAGGCGCAGGGCCACAAUAUCGGUUGGAAAUACCUUACGCCAAGCUCGACUUUACUGGAACAUAUUCCGUGAUAGCUCGUAACUGCCAUGGAGAAACUAAAGCUGUAAUUUCUUUGCAGAUCUAUGCCAAAGGACAAGACAAGGAAGAACAAACGAAGAAAUCUCCUCACGGAAAGGUACUGACCCUGCCGGUUAUAAAAAGAGAAUUGCGAGAUCUACGGUGUUGCGACGGCGAUGCCGUCUCCUUGGAAUGUAAAGUUUAUGCUUCACCAGAUCCACCUUUGAUUCGUUGGGAACGUGGAGGCAAAAUUAUAAUUAUGGCGGGCGAUUUUGCUGCCGAAUUCGACGGUGAAACGGCACGAUUAAAUAUUCAACAUAUCUAUCCUGAGGAUGAAGGAGAAUAUACGUGUGUGGCUUACAACGAUCUUGGAAAAGCAUAUACAUCAGCCUGUUUAGUUGUAGAUGUCCCUGAGGGAAAAGAAAAUAUAUUGAAUCAAAGCUUGUUGAAGCCAAUGAGUCUAUUAUCAACAGGAUCGACUCCAAGAUCAACACCGCGAUCGACACCAAUCAGAAGCUUGUCUCCGGCGGUUUUACACGAACGCGAAUUCAGAUCACAAGUUCUACCACGAAGCGACACAUCAAAGAGGUCGAAGGUUUGCCCGCCAAAAUUUUAUGCAGUGCCGCAUAAUCGUUUGGUUCAAGAAGGCGAAACAGUACGUUUCCAAUGUGCUAUAGUCGGUCACCCCGCGCCCUGGAUAAGAUGGGAUAAAAAUGGAACUAUUGUAACACCGAACACUAGAAUUUCUAUUAAAGAGCGAGAUGACAUUAAGAUACUUGAAAUUAUCGAUGUAAUGCAAGAAGAUGCCGCUCUCUACAGAGUGAUAGCAGAAAACGAUUUUGGUCGAAUUGAGGCCAGUGCUCGUCUUGAAGUAAUAAAUCGAUACGAUUCCAUUAGUCGAUCUAUCAGAACUAGAAGUGCCUCACCUAAAACACACCCUUCAUUCGAGCGAAGUCUUCUUCCGACUAUUAGUAGAAUAAAUAGUCAUCUACAAUUGGAAUGCCGUAUAAAUGAAAUGCUGAAUAUGACACCAACGUGGUAUAGAAAUGGACGACCGUUGGAACGAUCUGCUAGAAUAAAAAAAUAUUUCGAUGGCACAACUGCCAGACUCGAAAUAUCAAAAGUGAAAGCCAGUGAUGCAGGUGAAUACACUUGUAUGGCAACAAAUAUUCUUGGAUCAACGAGAAGUAGCUGUCAGGUAACAGUAUUAAAUCUUCACGAUUCAUCUAUCGCAGACAAGGAAGCACCGCAAUUUUUGCAAUUAUUGCCGAAAGAGUCAAUUGUCAUGGAGAAGCAUUGUCACGAAUUUCAAACUGGAAUUACAGGUACACCUCCUUUCACAAUUACUUGGUCCAAGGAUGGUCAUGAAUUACCCGACAACGAUUAUUACAAAUAUAUUAUAUAUGAAGAUGGAGGUGUGGCUCUCAGAAUAUUAAAAGUUCAUGCACAAGACGCCGGUGAAUAUACCUGCAGCGUACGGAACAAUUUUGGUGUUGCCUCCUGUAGUAACCUUUUUGCUGUGCAAGACUACGUUUGCAAAUCACCGCUGCAAUUUACAAAAACUCCACUAUCAGUUAUUGCUGCUAAAAACAAUACUGUUUGUUUCUGUGCCAGAGUACAGUGUGAAAAAUCUUUAAAAAUUAUUUGGACAAUUAAUGGGAAAGAUGCGUGGGAAAAUGCAAAGUGUAAAAUUGAAAGAAGUGGUAAUGUCAGCAUUUUAAGAAUACGUGACGUAUCAUUAUGCGACACAGGAGAGAUUCGAUGUAUAGCUUCCGUAAAUGGAAAGGAUUUAUCCAUCAGUUGUACUACCAAACUUCAGUUACAAAAUUCGUUAUACGAUUUUAAUGACUUCGUAACAAAGUUUGAAGAUAUUAAAUUUCAAACACGAGCCGAACCGUCAUUAACAAAAGCUGAUCUUAUACGUAUAUCAAAAAAAAUGGCAAAACUAUCAAAGUUGAUAAAGCCAUUAAAAUGUCGACGACAUCAUGAGAAGACGCUAACGCGUACCAAAUCUCUUUCACUCUUGUGUUCUCGGUAUACUACAUCAAAUACAUCCAAGUAUAUUUCUCCUUUAAUAAGAAAACGCAUUUUUAAUAACACAUCAAUUAAUGUCCAAAAAUUACAAUUUGCGAAUGACUUGUCGAUACAAAAAGUUAUUAAAGAAAAUUUAGACAAUAAUUUGACAUUUUCAAAAGAUCAAAGAUUAUUGUUUGCAGUAAAUAAAGGAGAUACAACUGAUAUUUCCAUAAAAUUAUUGUCACCAAACAGAACGGAACAAAUCUGCCAUCAGAACAUUAUUAGCUCUAUACCGAACAAAAAAGAUGUGAAACAUAUAGAAGAGAUAGUAAAAGCUGCGAUAAUAAAAGAACCAGUUGAUAUUAGCGUGUUUAAAGGAAGCAAGGCAAUACUCCAAGUAACUUAUCAAGGACGUCCCAAGCCGACAGUUAAGUGGCUUCGAGUGAAUCGAGAAUUACAACCGAGCGAGAAAAUUGGGAUAGUCAACAAGAACGGUGUAUCUUACUUGACAUUGGACAAUGUGACAUACGAUCACGCUGGAAAAUAUGAAGUCUCAGUAGAAAAUCCGUUAGGCAAAGACCGCAGAUUCUUUAGCUUAGCUGUGGAAGGUCCACCUGAACCACUUACGGAUAAACCAAGUGUAAAUUUAAGCCCUCACGGUCAAAUCACGAUCGUUUGGCGAUCGCCACCUUAUGACGGAGGUCGCACCGUGCUCGGAUAUACUUUGGAAGCAAAACGCGUCGGUGAGAGCACGUGGUUGGUAAUCGCCAAAUCUUGUUAUUCGCUAAGCCACACGGUAACGAUAACCGAAGAAAAUUCCGUGAUUCCGGGUGAGAGUUACUGUUUCCGCAUCCGAGCUGAAAAUAUCCACGGACUCAGUGACUCUGGCAUGGAGUCCGAUCCCGUCAGAAUCCCAAAACCCGAAGAAACGAUGCUUCAGGAAAAGGAAGAUGAAUUUAAGCCAAAUUUUGAAGCUCGUCUAGUAGUACCAGAAGAAGGCAAACUUUUUAACGAAAAAUACGACGUUCUCGAAGAAUUAGGAAAGGGCCGAUAUGGUGUAGUCAAAAAAGUUAUCGAACGAUCGACAGGCAUGAAUUUUGCUGCCAAGUUUGUCAAAACAAUUAAAGUAAGAGCUCGUGAACAAGUCCGCGAGGAAAUUAAAAUUAUGAACACGUUAAGGCAUCCUAAGCUUCUAUUAUUGGCUGCUGCCUACGAAAGCCCUCGUGAAACAGUGCUGAUCAUGGAAUACAUUUCAGGUGGAGAAUUAUUCGAGAGAGUAGUGGCCGAUGACUUUACUUUAACUGAAAGGGACAGUAUUCUCUUUAUGAGACAAAUUUGCCAGGGAGUCGAGUAUAUGCAUCAAAAUAAAAUCGUACAUCUAGAUUUGAAACCAGAAAAUAUAAUGUGCCGUACACGAACUUCUCAUCAAAUUAAAUUAAUUGAUUUUGGAUUGGCUCAAAUUUUAAAGUCCGAUACACCGAUCAGAGUACUUUUUGGCACACCAGAAUUCAUUCCACCAGAAAUAAUAAACUACGAGCCGAUCGGCACUAAAUCAGAUAUGUGGAGCGUUGGUGUAAUUUGUUAUGUUCUAUUAACUGGCUUGUCGCCAUUUAUGGGAGACAACGAUGCUGAGACUUUUGCUAAUAUCACACGAGCAGAUUACGAUUUAGAAGACGAAGCUUUCGAUGCCAUUUCAAACGACGCUAAGAGUUUUAUUAGCAGCUUACUUAUUAAACGAAAAGAAUUACGAAUGUCGGCUACAGAGUGCUUGGAACAUCCAUGGAUGAUACAACGUGCUACGGCUAUUAGCAGAGUAGUCUUGCCGACAGAAAAGCUAAAGAAAUUUAUUAUACGAAGGAAAUGGCAGAAAACAGGAAAUGCUAUUCGCGCAUUGGGAAGGAUGGCAAUUCUUUCGGCGCAUAAUAGACAUAGUCCCACAACAACAGCAGAGGCAUCACCUACACUCAAACAACAAUUCAAUAACACUGACAUACAAUAUUCCGAUGAAAUUAAAUCGAUCUGUACUAUUGUCGAUAAAGAUACAGAAGACGUUAAAAUAAAUACAGACAAAAACACUGCCGAGGCGGAAUUGCAGACAAAUUUACAUUCCACAUUUGUGAAGAAAGUAAAUGUAACAAUACAAGAAACAUCAACGAAAGAAGAAAAUAGCUUAAAUGAUCCUUCGAAGCAGAUAAGCACUAGAAAAGAGAUGUCUAGUUUACAUACCGAAUUAAUACCCCAAAACGUCACACCACAUCUAGAGAUUUUAGCAUUGAAAGAAAAUGAAAAAGACGAUAAAGAAGUAAAUGAUAAAUCUUCUAAAACGGAACGACGCAUGAUUUCAAAAUCAUACACAUUAUGUAGGGUGUUUCGAGGUGACUCACGCGAUUCUGUAAUAGGUGAUUGCAGUUCGAGUUUGAUAAAUUCUUCGAUACAGAUAGAUGAUCCGGGGGUAGUAUCCAGUAUUAAAGACAAAAUUAAUCAGACUCACAACCGAGAAAGCAAACAAACAUUGAAAAAAGAAAACAAUCAGCGGAAAUCAACAGCAGAAAUCUUAGCAACCUUAGUGCAAAGCAAAAAAAUUUUUCCUUCCAACACGAAAGUUAUGAAUAAUAGCAAGGUAGUUACAAAGAGUGACGUGACUGAAGCUUCGUGUGAAACUAAUCCUGUGCGGAAAGUUAUCGACGAGAAUACGGACACAAGGAUAUUAAGCAGACAUAAUUGCAAUAAAUUUUCAACUGGAAACGUAAGCCGUACUGCUAGAGUAUUCGAAAGGGAAAGUGAAAGAUCAAAUUCAAGCAAUUCGCAAAAUUCGAUGACACAGCAUACAUAUCCUGCUGCUGUAACUACAAGAAAAUCGAAUAAUGAAAGAAUACAGAAGGCUUUCGCAUUCUGGAACAAAUAAAGAUACCUUUUGAAAAUAUAUUGUAUAGUAUAUAAAUAAAAAUAAGUAGAUUAUAUCAUUUUCAAGUAAAAUAGAAAUAUAAUGUUUGCAAGAAAUCACCAAUGUAAAAAGAAUGUAUUUUAAAUACGUAUAAGGGUAUGAUGUGCAACCCAUUAAACGCAAUUAAAAUCAUAA